AUGUCCCAUCAAGAAGCGAGCAACAACAAAAAGGAGAGCGUGGCUACGAGCUACGAGGGCCUCAAGUGCUACCACCUCCUGAAGACUGAAGUCCGACUCGACGACGGGUCCGUCACCUUCCAACCAACGCUGAUCGAAUCCGAGCUCUUCCGCAUUCUCCGCGCGCUGAAGGUCGUCGAUGCGACCGCCACGACGACGCAAGAGCGUCAGCUAGGACUCUUCGUCAACGCGUGCUGCAACCAGAAGGCGAGCACCAAGGGUAUCGAUGUCAUUGGGUGUUUCGGCAAGCAAGCGGCGGUUGCAGCUGAUCUUCGCGCCCAAGAUUGGUGGUCAUCGAGUCUCGAGAAGUACUUGCAGCCCGACGACGAAGGCGUGUAUGCGAUUUUGGUGCCAGAGGAGAGCGAGCGACCGAAGCUCGUCCUCUUCACGUGGCUUCUCGACUCGUCGUUCGCUCAGCAGCACCUGCGCGAGCAGGCGACAUAUGCCCUGCGCUUUAUGACAACGCUGACGCCAACCGUGCGCUGGUGUCUCGAGGAAGCCGACUGGCCCGCACUCGAGACGGCGGAUGCCGAGACGCGCAAGGAGACGAAGCGGACGAAGCACGCUGUCAAGUUUAUCAUCAACAAGGCAACGGUCGAGGACGAGAAAGUCUCGUGCGACCUCGUGUCGGUAGCGACAACGACGAAGGACGCGAAGCUGGCAUGCGCAACGGGUGCCACCGCCGUGACCAUGCGCACGUCCGAGGACCGGGACGUCCGCAAAGACGCCAAGUCGGUCGAGGUCUCGUCGUCGGCCGAGUUUGUCAAGUGGCUGAUGAGUGUCGUAUCCAAGAAUCGAUUUGAGCUCAAGGCGCAGCUUCCGUACGACUGGAAGCACGCGGUGCUGGCACACAUGGGGGCACUGCCCGCGGAGCUGUCGUGCCUCACGAUCGAAGCCCUCGAGGCCGACCUGCGCACCGAGGCCAAGAAGAAAGCGCGCGCACAGCUCGAAGACAUCGAGGCUUGCAUCGCGGCCGCGGCAGCUACCCUCUUUUACUUGAACGAGGCAACGACCGAAGCCGACGAGGUCGCAGCACAAAAAAUCUUGGAGACCAAGUGGGAGGCGCUGCAGUACAUCCUUGACGACAUGAUUGCGCUGCCCGAGUCGUUGGCGUCAAGCGUCUCGACUGUCAUCCAGCUUGGGUACGACGAGCUGUGCAAGCACGACCCAGACCUUGCAAAGCAGACGACCAAGACGUCGUUGUUUUCAUGGUCCAAAACGGGCCACCUCAAGUUCCCGUACCUCAAGGCAAAGGACAAAGCCCUCAUGGAUGUCAUUCUGCCGCGCAUUCGAGGCGACCUUAAAUCGCGCUACGACGAGUGGUGCAACAGCGUGAGCACGUAUCUUUGGAGCGAACUCGUCACGAACCCCGUCACCCGCCAGUGCUACAAUGCGCUCGCGAGCAAGAAAGACCUGCGGGCCGUCUUGCGCGCCAAGCAGGAAGAGCUCGUGCACAACGCGUUUCUCGAGGCGCUCGGGGCCACAAACGAGGAGAAAGGGCCGGCAGCCCUCGUAACGACGCUCAAAGCAACCAGCACAGGCUACUUUGGCAACAGCAGCCGCCUCAACUACACCGAGGAGCGCGUUGCCGGGGCUGCGAUGCUGCUCGAGCUCACACCGAUCGGCAGUGCGCCCCUUGCCGCGAUCAAGCUGCCGCGCGACGCCAAUGUGAUUUACGCCGUUCUCGUCACACGUGUCGCGAUCGUCGUCUUUACGUCGGGUGGCAAAACGCACGUCCACGCGUACCAAUUGAACGGGGCGCUCUCGGCCACCGCGCUCGUCAAGAAAGAGUUUUCGCGACUCGCGCAGCGCUGCGACUUUGACGUUUCCCAUCGUCAUCUCGCGCUCCAGCACUCGGAGUCGAUAGUGGUCAUGUACGCCUUCAGCGAGUCGUUUAAGCUCUUGGAGCCCGUCCACCACUACGACUUGAAAUGCUUGAGCCCAAGUGAGCCCUACGCGUCAAUGUCGCUCUUUGGCGGCGCCAACCACGGCAUCCUGUGCGUUGGCAGCAACCACAGUGCGCAGUCGUACUUUCUGCGCACGCAGCAGCUCUCCAAGCGCGUGCCACGCUUCAUGGCGACACCCGAUACGAAGCUCGUCAUGCUCCACAACGGUGCCUUCAUGGUGCGUCUUGUGCCGCUCGACGGCCAGGGUCUUCGCCUCGAGACGCUCGAGGCGCAGAGCCACGAGCCGCUGCCCGACGCCGAGAUCGCGCUGCCAGUGGCGUUGAAUUGGAGUACGACCGAGGCGCGCGCGUACGGCGACAAGGUCGUGCUGCUGGACACGACGACCGGCACGAUGGUCACGCUGCAGGUCACAGUGGUGACGGGCAAGCCAGCUUCCGCCAGCGACACCCACAUGCUCUCGGCGCUCUACCAUGUCUUUGAGAAAUUCCCUGUCCGCCCGAAGCUCGCCGAGACCGGCAACAACACUGGUCUCUUGCCCACGGCGCUACAGGUGCACGUGCAGUCGUCGACGCCCGAGCGCCGCGAGAUUGUCGUCAACCUGCUCAAGGCCAUCAUGGAGAAGCUCGGUGCGCUGCAAAAGAACCUCUCGUUGCUCUCGCUCGCCAACGACGCAGUGUUCGACGUCGACGCAGCGUCGCUCAAGUGGCCGACGAUGGACAUCGGGCACUGGCUCCUCGCGCUCAUUGGGUUUGUGCCGGUGCCGAUUUGUCUCGCGCGCGACAACAAGCUCGUGCUUCUGCGCGACGGCAACGCCGUGUGCUUUGACGAGUGUGUCCAAGUGCACGAUGUGGCCCAGCAAAUCAGCCUUGGGGCCGUGAGCUACAUUCUCAAGGCGUCGACACUCCCCGUCGUCGUCGUUACGUCCAUGGGGAAGCAGUCGACGGGCAAGUCGUACUUUCUGAACCAUCUCACGGGUAGCUCGUUUGCAAGCGCGGGCGGACGCUGCACGAACGGUGUCUGGCUCACGCUCUGUCGAUCGAGCACCGGCCUCGUUGUCGUCUUGGACUUUGAAGGCCUCGGGUCCAUGGAGCGCAGCGCACAGGAGGACACGCUUCUCUCCAUCCUCAACGCAGCCAUCUCGCACCUCACGGUCUUCCGCAUCGAGAUGCGCUUUGACAAGGACAUUGAUUGUAUGUUGGACAAGUUUCAGCAAGGCGUCGCGAUGCUCAAGGGCGAUGACCGCCUCUUCCGAGGCCAGCUGUACCUCAACGCCAAGGACGUCAACCCGGCCGACGAGGACGGUGUUAUCGCCGAGUUUCAAUCCAAACUCCAGCGUCUCCUACAAGACAACACGGCCGAGAACUUUGUGACGGUCAUGUACGGCGGUGCUGUCCUCAUCACGGCUUGUGCGCCGAUCAACAACCGGGGUUACUACGAUGGGCUGGCCGACGCCGCCACGUGCUUGGCCGAGGCAUGGGACAACAAGGCGUACACAAACGGCGCCGACUGCCACGAAGUCCUUGCGAUUGUACUCGCCAAGGUGGCGCGGCGCGACUGGCGGUCCAUGGACGAGAACGUCCAGGCUGCGAAAGUUGCACGGGGCCGCCAACAGGUCCGCCACGCUCUGCGAUACGGCCAGCUCGAUGAAGACAACAGCACGACGUCGUUGGGACCUGACGACGAUGCUACCAUGAUGAGCCAGCGGCAAUCGGUGAACAUGACUGAGCUCGAGACGGCAGCUGUGCCCCGUGACGCCACGAUUGUGCUCAACGUGGAUUUUGACGGCAAGAUCGACGCAUCGGUCAACUUGGAGACUGCCAAGACAGCGCUGUCGACGCUCCUGCAGCAGUACAUGGACCACAUCGAUGAACCACGCCGGGUCGCGCACGAAGCGCGGUUUGACAAGCUCUGGGAGUACAUGGUGUGGCGUCGGAUUCACCGUGUCCGCGCGUGGCUUAUGUCGAUCGAGGAAGUCCACCGCGACGUGAUCGACGAGCUGGAUGCGUGCGCCAACAAGAUGAGCCAGCUUCUCCGCCGCUGCGAUCACACGUGCGCCGAAUGCAAGCUCACGUGCUCCGCGUCCUUCUUGCACAAGGACAAGCACGACUGCGGCAGCGACCAUCGCUGCAAGGGCUUCUGUGCCCACUGCCAUCGUGACGCUGCGUUGCUUUGCGGUGCGGUGGCGGGCCACCCCGGCGCCUGCAAUUGCGAACAGAAGAACCAUACAUGCCAACUGGUUUGCAAGCACGCCGAGGCGCGCAACUGCGACGGGGUCUGCCAUCUCGCAGUCGAGCACGAGGGCGCUCAUGUCUGCAGCGUCGAGCCGCACUUUUGCCCGUCCCAGUGCUCGGCGCCGAGCUGCGCCCAUCUCUGCCGGCUCUCGUUCACAGACCCCCACGAGAAGCACUCGUGCGGCACGAGCCGGUGCCAGCAACCUUGCACCUACGCCGGGUGUGGCAACAUGUGUGCCUCGGUCGAUCACUUUCACGCCGCCAACGCAUUCCACUCGUGCGGACACGACCACUGGUGCCGCGCUAUCUGCACGGAAAAAGGCAUGUGCGAGGUCAAGGUCCAGCUCGAAGAGACGACCAAGAUGUUCAAAAACCAAUUGAACGAGUUCAAGUACACGCACCAAGCGAUGAACGGGUCGCGCAAAAAGUGCAGCGUCCGCUUCGACGCCGGCCGCCUCGACCACGCGGGCGACCAUCGAUGCGACACGCUCGUGCAUACGUGUGCCGAGCGCUGUCCGUGCUGCGGUUACUACUGCGAGAAGGAGUACGGCCACAGCGGGAAGCACAAGGCGUCGCACGGCAACAUGCAAGAAACGACGUUCGUUUCCGACUUGACGAGCGUCAACGUCGACGGGCGACUGUACACGGCAGGGGACCGUGGUGCCGCCGAAAUGUGCUCGUUCUUCUGCACCAAGAUGGGUCGUGGGCACGUGCACUACGUCCCAUGCGACCACGCGUCCACUGCCGCCUGUACGCAUGCAGCAAGCGACGGCCGCCGCCACUGCGCCGCGACGCUUGAGAGCGAGCCAAACCAACCCAUGGACGAAGUGCUCCAUGCGACGUACUGGGAGAUGUCUGGAUGGGAAGACCCGGUCAUGAGCGCCCUCGAGCGCAGACAGUUUAGUUUGUGCCCAUACCAGUGCGAAGCGCCGAGCCACAAGGAUGCGAAGCAAUCGCCGUCGUACUGCACCUUGGGCGCGUGGCACGACCCUGUCACCGACGUCAGCUCGCUCUUGAGCGGCCAGUCGCUCGUGCAAGGCCACGUGUUUGACUGCCAGCACUUUGCGACGAGCGGCCUCCACCACCACGUCUUCGUGCUCGAUGCGUCCGGGUCCAUGGAAGGAUCCGACUGGGACGCGCUCACGGCGGCCUUCAGUGCGUACGUGGCGCAGCUUUCUGCCACGCGCAACUGCGCCGACAUCAUCUCCGUCAUCACGUUCAGCUGCGAGGGCACCAUUGUCUAUGAAGGCAAGCCGCUGGCGCAGACGACGACGAUUCCGAUUCCGUUCCAGGGGUACACGACCAGCUACGACGAAGGCCUGCGCUGUGCGCUCGAAGUACUCUCGCGGAACGACCACGCGCUCUACACGCCGGUCAUGCUCUUCUUCUCGGACGGCCACCCGAAUGAAAAUGCGAACGGGGUUGCCUUGGCGCAGCGGAUUGCGAGCGACUUUGCCAAGUACCAACUCCAGAGCUCGUGCGUCGGUUUUGGCCAUAGCAACUUUACCGCGCUCCGAACGCUGGCUACUCACCUCCAGGGCACGUACACGACUGCGGUGUCCGACACGGACCUCCUCACGACGUUCAAGGACAUUUCGGUUGGCGUGCACCUGAAGACCGGUCUCAUCGCCAAGACGCCGAGAGCGCUAGUGCCAUUGGCCCCGUAA